UAGAUUAAUUUGAUAUUAAUUUGUAUAUAGAAAUUCUGACAUAUAUAAUAUAUAUUGAGCUGGUACCGGUAGUAGUAGUACCCAAACAAUAGCAAUAGCAAGAAUUUGGGCUAAAGAUGGAGCAUAACAAAGGAAGCAUAGUGUCAGAACUUCAAGCAUUGAAGAACAAGAAUGGAAAAUCCUACAAUCAAUUAGCAGAGGAAACAGGACUCACAAACGUCUAUGUUGCUCAGCUUCUAAGAAGACAAGCUCAGCUCAAACCUGACACUGUGCCUAAACUCCGGGCAGCACUGCCCAACCUGCCCGAACAACUUAUCCAUGAGAUGAUGAAACCGCCUUUGAGGUCUUAUGACCCCAAUCUCAUCCAAGACCCCACUAUUUACAGGUUGAAUGAAGCUGUGAUGCAUUUUGGGGAGAGCAUCAAAGAUAUCAUCAAUGAAGAGUUUGGCGAUGGGAUCAUGUCAGCAAUAGAUUUCUACUGCUCAGUUGACAAAGUUAAAGGAAUUGAUGGGAAGGAUCGUGUGUUAUUGACAUUCGAUGGGAAAUAUUUACCACAUUCAGAGCAGAAAUCAGAGCACAUGGUUUCAAGAACAAGGCCACUGGAGAAACAGUGAGUAUCUUCAAGCCUAGAACAACACCAAAAUCUUCAUGCACAUGUAUAAUUCCUAAAGUAAUAAAAAAAAAACUGUGUUUGAUCACUGCAACUUUUGUAAUGCUGAAACUGUGUUUGAUCACUGCAACUUUUGUAAUGCUGAAACUGUGUUUGAUCACUGCAACUUUUGUUGCCUAAAGUAAUAAAAAAAAAAAAAAUAAGGUUUAAAAACUAAGUAGCCAAACAUGGCCAUUUAUAAUUUUUAUUUAUGGCUUUGGGACUUCAUGGAACUUCUACCUUUGUGAUUUUAAUGCAAGACAAGAUACCUAUAAUUGUGAAGUUUGUAUUGUAUUUGGUUAAGUUUGUCAAACCAAAAUAAUAAUAGUUUUUGUAUCCAUA